UUGUCCAUUGAGAAGGCAGCCAACAAAGAACUGGAUUGCGCCGGUAUUUGUUCUUUCCAGCAACCACAAACCACUUAGCUAAGACCUAUAAGGCAUCCUGGUGCUUUACUCAAAGAUAAACUUCCCAAUCGCAUUUUGAUAAUUGAUACAUACACACAAAAUGGCAGACACAAUCAUCAAGCCAGAUCCGGAGGCGGCUGUCGCAUCGCCUAGAUUCAUGGAAGAUGAUGAUAUAUAUGAAGAUGCUGGAGAUAUGGCGAUCAACGAAGAUCCGGCAUUUCAAAAGUUAUGGUUAGGUCGUGUACCUAAAUACGUCUGGGAUGCAUGGGAGGGAUUAGGUGAAGAUUUGGACGAGGAAAUACAAAUUGGUACCAUUCGCAAUUGCCGAGAAAGGAUGCCAGAUGGAACUGUUAAGGUGCGGGGGAAUGCUUUUUACAUUUAGAGAAUUAGCUGACUUGAGCUGUAGGAUUCAUAUUCCAUGCUGCUAAAUUCUAAUCUUGCACAGCACCAGACUGUUCCUAAGGAGUACAAUCUUGAUAUUACCAACCAGAAUGUCAAGAAUACUUUCGUUUUUUCGGAACAAGAUCUGCCAGGAUUCAAAUCGAAAUCAAGACAAAAGUUCGCCUUGGAGACUGCGAAUAUGCCGGCAAGACUCACCCGUGGAAAGAUUGAGAAGCCUGCAAAUAAACAGCCAUGGGACCCUAACAGGAAAUUUCAACCUCAAUUUCGGAAGGCAAUUCCAAGUACGUUGACAUAAUACUUCUGAUUCUGCGUCACUAACAAGAUUAAAUUAGAGAGAACAACUCUUGCCGGUAGGGUUGUCCAUGAAUUGAGUUGUAUUGCCGUGCAAAAUGAAGAAUCAGACCGUCUCCUAGCUAUUCGGACUUUGGAAGCUAUGAAGCCCAAAGUGGGCACGAAAUUUCUCAAUGAGGAUCUCGAUGUGGGCCAAGGUUUCAUUCAGCCUGGAACUAUCAAGGCCUCAGACGCUUAUAGAAGCUUCAUUGUAAGACUUUUGAUUCGUACUUAUAUUUCCUUGCGAUACUUACACUGACCCGAACAGAAAACCAAGAAUCCGACUACCGGCACUAAGACACAACUUACUAAGGCCGCUCGUAUGCCAGAAAACGAGCUUCUCGAUAGGAUCUUCGACUGUUUCCGUAGGUAUAAUUAUUGGUCCAUGAAAGCACUUCGUGCCGAGCUCCAGCAGCCGGAGGCAUAUCUUCGUGAAACUCUCGAGAAAAUAGCGUUCUUGGCAAAGACUGGUCGAUUCGCAACACAAUGGUCAUUGAAGCCCGAGAACAAACUCAACAACUAUGAGGGUGCCGGCGAUGCUAUUGCACCUGGUGAAGACACAGAUCUCGGCGAUGACGACGAAGAUGACGAUGAAGACGUCAAAUUUGAAGACGUCUGAUCUUGUGACUGGGUUUAUGGUAUGUAUUCUACGGCGUUUUUGGGGUGAGAAGGAUGCAUAAUGGCGGUGUUUUUCUCAUGAUUAGGUUGAUAUAUGGGAAAGCAUAAUGGCAUGGCGUUACAUUCACAUAUUCCUUGUCCCACGAGGAUCAACGUUGGUUAACUGGGGAACCCACUUGUGAGCAGAAAUCUCAAAUUGAGAUGUAACAUCAUUAUGAUAAAGCAAAUUUUGCGAAUAGCUUUGUUCCAAGUACACAUGACGGGGGAGGUGAUGAUGUCGGAGGUAUUGCUUCGGAUAUCCGAUGUGGCGCUGGCGCUCAAUGACGAACAUUGAAGUUUCUAAUCCAAUAAUAAAU